GGCGUGCUCCCUCCCAGUCCGCCGGUUGCUCGGAGCUCGCGGUUAUGCGCGUCUAGCAUCGGAUGAUUACGCGAGGGCGGUGCCAAGUAGGAGUUAAGCGACGACGAGAACCUCACCGGUAGUUGCAUCCUUUGCUUUAACCAUUUAUAAGCUUCUUGUUUAGCUACCGUUAGCCGUUUAUACCAACCAGCUCACAAACAAUUGUUGUUAUUUUUUUUUGGAUGUCCCGAAUUCCAUUCAUAUCUGUCAAGAAUUCGAAACGGAAAAUAAACCACAUUAUGGAGACGGAGAUACACGUGCCUGUGGGGUCGCCGGUAAUUCGAAAAUUCCCGAUUUUCGUGGAGGAACAUAACGUAACCGAUGGGGCAAUGAAGCUGAUAAAGCAGCUUCGGCCAGCGUGGGACAUAAACCAUGUCAAGACCAAGCUCUUCACUGAUGGGACCACUAAUAAACUGGUGGGUUGUUAUGUGGAUGCCAGUCCAGAAGACGUGGUUCUGGUGCGUGUGUAUGGGAACAAGACGGAGCUGAUCGUCGACCGAGACAACGAGCUCAAGAGCUUCCAGGUGCUACAUGCUAACGGCUGCGCACCGCGCCUCUACUGCACCUUCCAGAAUGGCCUCUGCUACGAGUUCAUGCAGGGGGACGCCCUCGGAACACAGGACGUCAGGGACCCUAUGUUACUCAGGCUAAUAUCCAGGGAGAUGGCUCGUAUCCAUGCGAUCCACGCACAUAACGGCUGCAUCCCCAAACCCAACCUGUGGAUCAAGAUGAGGAAAUAUUUCUCUCUGGUCGCCACCGAGUUCACCGAGCAAGCCUCCAACGCCAGGAUCCAGCAGGAGGUGCCCAGCCAGGCAGUGUUGGAGCAGGAGAUGGUGUGGAUGAAGGAGCACUUGUCACAGCUGGGCUCUCCUGUGGUGCUCUGUCACAACGACCUGCUCUGCAAGAACAUCAUUCACAACAGCAAAGAGGGCCAUGUCCGGUUCAUAGACUAUGAAUACUCUAGUUACAACUAUCAGGCCUUUGACAUCGGGAACCACUUCAACGAGUUUGCUGGUAUGAGUGAGCUGGACUAUGGGCUGUAUCCUAGCCGUGAGAUGCAGCUGGAGUGGCUGCGUGUGUAUCUGCAGGCGUACAAACUGUCCACUAAGAAAGGAGAGGAGGUCAGCGACAGAGAGCUGGAGAGACUCUACGUACAGGUCAACAAGUUUGCUCUGGCAUCACACUUCUUCUGGGGCUUCUGGGCACUCAUCCAGGCCAAGUACUCCUCCAUCGAUUUUGACUUCCUGGGGUAUGCUGUGCUGCGCUUCAACCAAUACUUCAAGACCAAGCCUGCAGUGAUGGCCCUACAGAUCCCAGAAUGAGAGGAGGAGAGAAGAGGGACCCCAUCACUGACCAGGGGAGCAGACACACUUUGAGCAGGAGAGGGCUGUGCUGGGGGAUGAGGGUUGGGGUUGAGCAUUAUUAAUGGGGUCGAGGGGUGGGGUAAAUAACAUUUAGAGGGCUGAGUGUGGAUGGACCACAACAUUUUUUCCGAACUCGGUCCCUGGCAACAAGCGCAAAUACUAUUUAAUUCGUCUUCAACUCUGUCCACCUCUGUCUCACCAGUCAAGCUCAUCAAGAUUCCCCAAAACAGCCAGGGGGGGGGGUCUGUGUGUAAAUGUAUCUUUAUUUAUUUAUUCUGUGAAGAAUUGAUUGACCUAGUGAUGUAAGAUUCAUUCCCCAGGCAGGUGGGUAGCUGAAACACAAGCUGAGUCCGGGAGCGUUUGGUGCCAACAUGGAGGACAGUGUGCAGACAGAGUUCUGUAGAUAUGGGCUCUGAGUUUGCCCUGUGGUUGUGUUCAAGGUGUGUAGUGUAGGAGAGAGGGCAGCCAUCUUGUCCUUAAUGUAGGCACUGAUCUGAGAGGAUUUCUUAAGCAAUAUGGUCAUGGUUUCACCUUGAAAAUAGUGUAUUCAUUCAACUACAUAUAAAAAAAAAGGUCCAAACACCAAUUCUCCCAGAUCUACACGAAGUGGCUAGGGGUUGACGUAGAACUGAGAAGUUUUAGUUGCUUUGCAGUGAAGGUGGCAUUGCCGUGUAGGUUAGAGAGGAGCUAGCCAUGACAAGACAGUGAUAUGGUCGUUUUAAUGUCUGUGACAGCAGAGCUGCCUCUGUGGCCGGGAGCAGCUUUAAACCAGGGCCCUGUUCUCCCUCAGCCUCUUUUCCACCACUUUAGCUUUUAUAGUUAUGGUGACUCGCUCUGUUAAACUUUGCACUCAGACUACUCUGAAAAUCACAACCUCAAUCACCCCUGCCUUACCCAGUAUCUGACCCCUCUUCCUCCCCCUUUCUCUCACUGUCCUCUGCCCUAUUACACUUCCUCCUCUCAACUCUCUUGAUUGGCUGAGGUGGUGGAGGGACUUCUGCCUGAAGUGCACAUAUUCACUGUAACAUCCCAACCUCCAUCCAUUCAGUCAUAACUUCCCUAAAAAGGAGCCAGAAUCUUAUACAAUGGGAUAUUGCGUAAACUGUCAGAGCCAGUCAAUGCUUCAAAGGGUGUGGAAUCACUAACCCCAAUGUUCUGAAGCUUAUCAGGAUGUGAGUGAGGUGGCCAAGGACAAGACAGCAGGGUGAAGUCCACACUGAGCCAGCAACCACUUCCUUCUCUGACUGACAUCAUGAUCUUUGGAGGAAGUCUUAACACCUUUCUUUACCCCGGUCCCCCUCCCUUCCUCUCCAGCCCUCUCAGAUCAGAAGAUCAACAUGGAAGGGAAACUAGAGGAGAGCCAUGUUAGAGUAUUAGGAUAUUGUACAGCCUGUCCUGUGAUCCCUCCCCUGGCUGGCUCCUGUUACUGACACGGUUAAUAAUUCACCAAUAUAGGAGGCUGCCAACUCUGACGGUGUUGAAGAGAAGGACUGUUGUGAUGAGUCACUAGCCACGCUGGCCAGGCCUCUUAGUUCCCCUAGCAAACUGUGUUGUCUGGCUACACGGGGAGACUGAUGAGCAGGCUCUUGGCUCUCAGGAGAGCUUGCCAUUUUGUCCCUCGUCACUAGCUGUACAGGGAGGGUGGAUGCCGUUUUCACCAGCUCUUGUCCUGGAGAGCUACAGUCUAGACGCAUGAUUCAACUAAGCAUCAUUAUCCUGGUUCAUUUAAUCAUGUGUGUUAGUGCUGGGCUGGAAUGAACCUGCACGCCCUGUAACUGUCCAGGGUGUUUGACUACUGGAGUAGUGUUAAGCAGAGCAGAACGUCUGCAACAUAGCAGUAGAUUGAUGCAACAAAUGGAAAUGACUCAUACUUGAUGUAGGAUUGUGUCCGUUCUAUACAGUACAUUUCUAUCUGCAACAUUCCAAACCAUUUACGUCAGUGAGUCAGCGUUUUUAAGUGAGUGGAAUUGGUUGUGAGAAUCUUGUAGUGUUUCCUAAAUGGAUGGUCAUUGCCCUCUUGUAUACAUUUUUAAAGAUCGUUAUGGACAGAGACAACACUUUGAAAGGCUUCAGGUGAGUCGCAGCUCACCACCAGCUGUUCUGUCAGCCCAGGGUUGAACUAAGAGGUGACCAAGUGCAAUGAAUUCCUGUUUAUCGUAGAUGUACAUAUGUGAAUGUGUUUCCUUUGAAAUGUUACGGUCAACUCAAUGAGACUCAAACUGUAUUCCUGUUAGGGUGCAUCUCAACCGUCUUACAGUGGAUUCCUUUCCUUCGUCUGCACUAAUAGGGAACAAUUGGGUGGAUGACAAUAAAUGAAUCCACCAUAUUGCUUUCAUCCUGUUUUCAGAUGUGUGGUGCUUAAGGAGAGAAGAGGAAGACACUAAAUGGAGACUGACCAUAAGAGUAUGAGGGAGUUAAGGUGGUCGAAUGUCAAGAUGCACCUAAGCACUCCUGGUGGUCUGUGGUUACAUUCAACUAAACUAGUCAGUCACUAGAUUGCCAAGCUACAACAAACAGAAGUGGCAACAUAGGUUAAUGGUUAAAAUGUGAUUAGAAAGCAACAGCCUACUUCCGUCCAUUCUAGCAUGGCCAGAUAGUGAUGACUGUAAAUGUCUGCUUCCUGAAUGCACAACCAAAAAUGACCCUGGGUUUCAUGGAAAUGCACCCCACUUAUUGAAGUGGUAGACCAACUGCGGCAGGCUAGGGCUGCUUUCCUAUUCUUAAACUUGCCCCCCAUUCUGCCUAUGCCCUUGUUAACUGCCUUCACGAAAUGUAAACGAUUAUGCCUUUUGAUAGCAACUCCCUCCAGCCUAACACCUAUCCAAUCCUCUGAUCUUUGAGGGCAAGCCAGCAGGAGCAGUGUUAAGAAUCGGAGUGCCCUGUAGGUCUACUAGUAAAAGCGAUAAAGUAGUAGAGUUUUUAUACACUACUACAGCACAUGCCUUCACUGGACAAACGUUGAAAUAGCUUUUGAAUGUGUCCUAGAAGACUUUGCACACUUGCAUUCGAAGUAAGUUCCCCAUUUAGAAAAAGCCAAUAAUACACAUGUAGAAAGUUAAGCGUGCACUGUGGGACUUGAUUUUAUUCCAACAUAACCCUGUGGAUAUGUGCUGACUACGGAAGGGUUACAUCCUGACGGUGGUAUUUGUAGACUAGAGACGUGUUGAAGGGGGUAUUUCUCAUUUUACUUUUUCUAUAUACAUAUCAAAAUGGUUAGCUUCAUAAGUCUUGCAGUUCAUUUGAAAUUAACGUGUGUGUGAAUGUACUAAAUUGACUUAACCUGAAAACACUACAGAAAACUAGAUUUUACUUCAUUUUCUUUUUUUGUACAUGAUUUGAAUUUUUAGGUGAGUGAGCCAUUCUCAAAGGGGAUGCUGUAGCAUUAAGGCCAGCAGAGACAGAGGUUGUAAAUACUAAGAAAUACUGUGAAUCUGACUGUACAGUGAUCCCCCAAACUUGUGAGUGCUGGGGAGAGUAAUUUAACAUUGGUCAGUAAAUAUUUCCAUUAAAAAAGUUGAACUAUU